AUGGAGUUCUUCUACGAGGAGCAGGCCGCUGCCAAUGGCCCUGGAGCUUCCGACAGCCAGUUAGAACAUGACAAGAGCACCGAAGAAGCCUUUGAAAGAUUCGAAGGCUCCAUUGACAAACAAUACCAAAAGACUGCUGAAGCCGUGAAGAAGCUUAUCAAGAACGAUGAGCGUACGUUAGAACUAAAUAUUCCAUUGGAUCCACACCUCUCGGAGCGUGCUCAGGAAGCACUGGACUCACUGGACCACCAGCUCCACAAUGUGGAAAAUUUGGCCCAGAAUUAUUGGCAAAAAGUGGCCAGCACCUCGUUUUGGUCCAACGUGUCUGAUUCGCUCGGCCUGAACGGUCAGAAUGAGACCAAGAAUAGCAACCAAGUAAACUUGCAGUCACCGGUGAGCUCACAGGGAAAGGCCGUGACCCCAGUGGCCGGCAACAGAACAGAGGCAGAAUUGAGACUUUUGUCCAGCGACCAAAGCAUCUACUUGAACAGUACUAUGAACGCCAAAGGUGAAGGUGACGGUGCCAAAGCUGAAGCUUUCGACGUUGACGCACACACUACAGAAAUUGCGGAUCUGUUGAAGGCGGACAGCGUGCUUACACAGACAAUGAACGCCCUGGUGCCAGAGCACGUCAGCUACGGGGACUUUUGGGAUAUUUACUUUACGCGAAGACAAAAGAUUUUGGAUAUGGAGAAUCAGAGAAAAGAUCUUCUCAAGAAAGAAGCCAAAGACAGUGCUCCUGUGGAUUGGGACGACGAAGACGAGGACGAAGACGAUGGGACCAAAGACAAUGGUAAAGACAACAAGAAUGACGGUGAAAAAAAAAUUUCUCCUGAUGAAAACGUCAAGAAGAGCUCACAUCAGGAAACCAUUGAGGGCAGUGACGAGGACGACGAUGAUUGGGAAUAA